CAUGAUUCCAUUUUUAUAUUACGUCUCGAGAUAACUCUUCUCAGAGUGUCAUACUAAUAUGUCCCAUCAUCAAGUUCGAGGUGACUGGCUAAGAUACUACCAGUUUCCUUCGCAGAGGAGCAACCGAAACAUAAUGCGGAUGAUGAAGACUACGCGAUUCUGCGAGAGUUGGACUAGGAAUGUUUGUGAGUCUACGCUAUCCAUACGGCACAUAUAUAAAGCCCCUCGACUUUAACCUCAUAUUCACGAUGAAAGAGCCCGCUAUCAGUCCCAUAGAUAGAUUCCUUUUCUUCUCUCUUCGCUCUUCAAAAAAUCCGACAACAUGGACGCGUUACCUACGGUCGCAAUAGUCCUAUUGGCUAUCACCUUGGUUGUGAUGGGAUUUGGAAUACUGAAGACAUGCCGGGUAGUGGAAAAUCAUCCUCGACCCGAACCCCCGAGCUGUUUCCAUUUUUUCCCCAAACUUCCUACGGAGCUCCGACUCAUGAUAUGGGCAUAUUGGUGCGGGAAGCAGCCUGCAGUUCGCCACUAUAUAAGCUACGACAAAGACCGUUAUGAUUACCGAAAGUUCGACGUGCAGCUUGAAAAAUUCACGGCUAGCUUUACUGUAAUAAACCAACGGAGGACGAAUUAUAGCCGUUAUAUGGACCCGAUGACAUCCGAAAUAUUGGCUGGCGAUGUUGUAAGAGGGAUCCAAAUUUGGGACGAACCACCAUGGACAAACUUGAAGGAUAGCGUUUUCUUCAUCCAUUACAAGCAUAUUGAAGGGUUCAAUGACACGGUUUUAAGAGAUAAUCUCCUGGGCCUCUACCGAACUCCGGUGCGGACAGUGUACGGCAGCUGGCGUUUUCUACACCGGGAUUAUUGGUGGCGACAGAUCCGGCAUUUAGCUUUCACAGUACCAGAAUCCGGAGAGUUCACUGCCUUACAUGAGGAGUUCUUCUCCUGGUUUCGCGAUCUAAAAUCCGUGUUCUUGUUGCAUUUUUGUGGCCCGCCGCGCUUCAGGUGGCGCCGAAUGCCAGUGAUCCCCGCGAAUCCUGGAGAUCCUCUGAGAUCGAAGGGAUUUAUGAAGUUUGACGACUUGGCUACUCUUGCGUACCGCCCCAGCAAAGCCAUGACCUCCACAUACCGACGGCUCGGGUUUAAAAUACGAAAGGGCGAUCCCUGUUUUAGGCGCAUCGCAACUAAUUUCGCUGGGGAGCUGGAGGCAACGUGCCGUCUCCGCUAUGGCAAUAUUGAUAUACAGAUCGUAGAAGAUAUAAGCCAGGGUUUUCCUAUUAAGACAUGGGGUUUUGAGGGAAAUGCGAUGCUCCCUAAUAGGGAAUGAGAAACUUGUGUACUAUUGUAAUGACUACUUAGUAGGGCGUACGAUCAUCGUGGCGGAGUAGCACUCAUCAACUACUCAUCAACUCGAUCUAGAUUUCAUAUAACUCAUAGAAGCUGAAUGAGUUUUGGGUGAGAAUCGGUUUGGCUAUUAUCUCCUAUUUCAAUCAAGAUAGGGGGUGCGUGUAGACAUUAUUUGG